UCCUUGGGUUGCUCAAGAUUUAUUUUUCACUUCUAUACGUUAGCCUCCUACUCCAUCUUCCAAAUUCCUCACCGUAAGGAAAUAUUCAAAACGCAUCAGAGCCAACCGUGAACGUUUUACGACAGUCACACUUUAUUUCCCACAAGACGACGAAGAACGCAGAACAUUAUAAACUGUAUUACUUGCGCAGUGGUAGUAUUUUUGAUGCAAGAGCAUUGGUCUAAAACUAAUCUAUACUGUCAAGUUAGUAUUUGAUUUGUUUCUUGACAGUAUACGACAUUCACAUUAACGUCAUCACAGUUGUCGCAUACGGCAACUUAAAUUGCCACAAGUUAGUCGAAUAUUUAUUUGUGAGGCGGGAACGUAAUACAAAUAUAGUGCUAGUAAGAGGGUAUCAACGCAAGACGUUACAGCCAGGGAGUGACAGAGAUUGCAAAGAAAGUGAUCUGUAGCGUGGGAGCUUUUUCGCGUCAAGCGCCACACGAUAUCAGUCAGCGAAAGAAAAUGACUUUGAUCCGAAACGAUUGAAAAAAGGUUGUUUCAGACCGUCAUCCGCGUCGCAGCAGAUUCACAGAAUUUCGAGACACCCGUUUGAGAAUUCGUGGAAAGUAAUUUUAUUUAUUUUCCGGGCAAAAUGAAAUUCAAGAGCUGCAAAUAUUGCUGGAAGUGUAUUUGCAACACAACGUCCCGCUGCACAUGUACACACAUACGCAGACGCAGGCACGCACACAUGACAAACAUACGAGCGCGCGCGCGUGCGCACGCACACGCAACAUACGCGAUAUGCCAGCAUGUAUACGAUAUCUAUCGACGAUCGCGUUGGGUCCGUCUGUCCGUCGGGCAGAGACUUGGUACAAUGCGAGACGCACGCGUUUGCCCGUGUGUACUCUUGACCCGUGAACGACGAGGUGGGGUACAACAUGCUGAACGUCUAGCAAAGACGUAGGUAUAGGUCUACACGGCAGUUGCAAAUGCCCACGCUUCUCAAUCACCUUCCUCUCGGCAAGUGUCCCGAUCACUGUGUCUCGUCGAUUAGGUACGUUUCAUCCUCCCAGCGGAGAGACGGAGAAGAGUGAGGUGGCUCAACCGUUCCUGGCGCGCGAAGCACUCCCGGCUGACGAUGGAAUCAAGGAGAGAUGCGGAAAAGCGGCUAAGGGGAGGGCCAGAGACGCUUUUAGACACAGAGCGUCCACGACGUCGCGGCGCCCUGAGCAGUAGUCGUGUACCUUGGCGAGCCUCCACCUUGCCGGCUCAAGUGAAACAUAGACAACAGACGUUAACCGUAACAUGGUGGACGCGAUUCGAACUUCACUCUAGGGGAGAAUUCGUCGCCUCUUAUCGUCCUCGUAGAGUCCCAGUUCAACAGCAAACCCGUUCAGGUUGACUACGAUGAAAGUGGCAAUAGUGUGUGUGCGGUGAUCGCAGGAUUAGAGGCAAUCGAGUCAAACUUGCAUGCUGAAAAACUGUUGUCCUUGUCGCGGCAACUUUUCUGCCCAGGCACCGGGUUGAUAGGCAUGCGUCAUAGUACCUACGUACUAGCUAUGCGUUAAAAACGCAACGACACGGCCGUCAGCCGGGCUGUUGGGAGUGGAUUCGGCUGUGGCGGGUCAUCGGGAGACCUUAUUACGGUUGUUGUUCGUCGGGUAUUGGGCCGAAGUUUUCUCGGACGUACUUCGGGUUCGGAAGCAGGUCGACCCAGUUCACCCCUCGCGCCACAUCGUCUGUUCACCGGCCCAUGGUGUGCCCAGCCCGCAUCUCCGCCGGCGACGCUCGGGAAUGAACCACCAUGUCGCGAGAUCGUCUCCCCAAGUUUCAUUCUGCAAAGUGACAAAUCUUAAACGUAUCGAAUGGUUCGACCUCCCCACUGAGAUAUCCGAUACAGGUGAACAAGCGAACGGUGAUAACGCAAAACUUUACUCGCGCAAUAUCGUCGGUUCGAUUGCUCCGCAGGGAAACUGAUUGUGAGAUACUCGUAGUAUUCCACUUGGUGUGACACUGUGACCUGGUGGUGGAGUGCGCGAUUGACGUUGACGUGAAAGACACCGACGUUUGCCCUCCCCCCCACACAUCCUCCCCGCCGUUCCCUCUUCUCUGCCCUUUGAAUCACGCCGCAAUGGUUACUCGUUAGUACGGGUGUCUUGCUGAUUUAUCCGUAAAGGUUGCAAUAUAUUUAACGCUAGGUUGAUUCGAGUGUUCAAAAGUGGUUCGCGUGGUUAAAAAGGAGGACGGAGCCAGAGGUAUCGCGAUGGCGGAGCGAUCCGGUGCCCGAAGAAGGUCACGACGGGACAGCAGCGAAGCAGGUACCUCUCGCAACACCACUCCAACGUCCAAAGAUAAGCGCACGAAGCGGCCUAUAAAACCAACGAAAGAGCGAUGGCUGCUGACUCGAAAGACUUGGCGCUACAUGGCGGAUGCGGGAAGGAAACUAAUACCCGACGGGGUGCACAACCGCCAAGAGGAUAUACCAAAGAUCGAGGAAUACUUUCAGGAAAUGUGCCAAAAGGAACCAAAGUUUUUGCUCCUGAGGAAAGCCUCGUAUCCAAGCUCGUUGGGCUUCCGUACCCAUCGACGCCGGAGAACCGGAAGGGGUGGCAGCUGUCGAGUCAAGGCGAGUUCCGCCGACGAGGCUGACGUAAACGAGACACGCGGACCCGGUCCGGCGUUCCUUCUCCAGGCAACGUCCGGGGGAAGAUUUGACAUAACAAAAAUGAAACGGGAAUGGCUGCAGGCCGGUGCUGGUAUCGGCAGCUCUCCGGUCACACCGGAAGCUCAGCGAAAAUUACCCCAAGAGGAUACCGAGGCGAAAGCACUGGCGGACAUGUUACAAAAAUAUUUGAAUAUGCAAGGAGAGGGUUGUACGACAAGUCCCGUAAAAUCCUCCCUCAACCAAGAUACAAGUCAGUCAAACAAACCAUUUAAUUACCAAAAUCUUAUCGACAAGCUUCAGCAGCAUCUUGACCUUAUAAUGGCCCAGGGUCGCGGAACUGACGUCUCGAACAUUCAUCGCGGUGGCGUACCGAAGACCAUGCUACCUUACCAGGGCGACUACGUGCACAAGUCGUUGCUCGAUACCCUUAGCCGUUAUUACAGUAAAUCGCCAAAUCGCGAUCACGUGAUAUCCGACAUAUUGACGGACCGUAAGCUUCUCGAAAAAUUGUACUUCGAUUUACGGUGUACACGGGGCUUUCGGGGCCCGAGGUCCAUGGGUGCUUGCGCGUUACCCGCAUCCCAGUGGCGUUUCAACACUGAUCGUGAGGCUAGACCGCAGAAGGACGUUGGAGGUGGCUGGCCGGACAGAAAAAGGGAUCUCGGAUCGCCGCCGCCGCUGAUCGCGGUUCAAGGCCCGAGCACGGACAGGGGACCGGUCGACGACAUCGUCCAAACCGACCCGAUACCGCGGGACGUCAUCGAAUCCUGCCUGCCAGAACGGGACGAGCAGACCAGCAAGGACAUCCAAAAGUUGGGUGGUCCCGCAGGAUCGUCGCGGCGUAGGAGUAGCGUGGACAAUGACGAUGUUUCACCGUCCGUCAGCGAUACCAUAAAACGAUACCUUCGAAUGGCACGGAAGAAAUCAAUGGACGCUGAGAAGGUCGAUAGGUUCAAGAGGGUAAACUAUGACAGAAAUUUGCGAAACAUUAAAGCAAGGUGCGACGAUAGUGCGAGACCAAGCGAGGAUGACGGUAACAGCAAGGGUUGUCAGACACAGGAUAAUUGGGCCGUUAAUUACCGUGAAAUGUUCGAUAUCGUCGAUAAUUUGUCGGAUCCGGAGACCACGUCGCCGGGGAGUCGUAACGCUAGUUCACGUAGUAGUAUUGACGCUGGAUUAGGCUCGGAAGAUACACCCCCGACACCGAAACAACACCAUUCCUUCCUCUCCCAUUUCCUGCAUGGUUCCAAUCCUAACAGAGACAAGCCGCAUUCAGCGCCAGGUUCUCCAGCUAUGACGUCCUCGAAUUCCGCAGGUGGCGCAGCGAUGCAGAAAAGUAAAUCGUCGAGCAGCGUGGUGCAUCACGGAAGCAGGUUGGUGGCCAAGAAGAUAUGGCGAUCGAGGAGCAAGAGCACGUCGAGAGCCUCCAAUCAACCAUCCGUAUGGACACCGCAGGGAAGAUGCACUUGGGCUGGGGCUGGAGGUCGCCGCGUCACUCUUCAAGAUGCACCACUUCGAGCGCUCUCGGACGUUGAACGCCGCGUGCUUUGUCAAGUGGCUGUCGCGAAAUUACAAGCCCUAAAUCUUGGGGUCCACAUUCGUCCACCUACCGAAACUUUGGGCGGCUCGGUAACGACGAAACCGAAACGUCGUGCUUAUUUACUGAAGCGCAAGGCUCUCACAACCGGAUUUUUCGACAACAAGGGAAAAGAUGAUAAAGAUAAAGAAUCCGUAGGUGGUCUGGUUUUUGGAAUCCCACUGUCCCAGUGCCUCGAAAACGACAGGAUCGCCAGGAUCGCCGCUGCAGCUGGAGAGAUCAGCGACGUUGGGAGUUUGACGAGAAACAGUAGACACGGAAGCAGGGCCAGUUUUACCAGUCUCAUUGAAGUGCCCAGCGUCGCUGCGAAAACAGACGAGGGUGGCUCCUGCGAGUCAUUACCGUCGAAAGCUGGGGCUUUGACCAGCAGUGACUCGGGAUUGCUAGAGCUGAGCGACAGUGGUGGCGGUGGUGGAUUUCCGGGUGAAUGGGAUUCCGUUCCAGCCGUUGUCCAACAAUGCAUCAAAUACCUCCAAGUCAGCGGACUUCAUACCCUCGGUAUAUUUCGCGUAUCUCCCUCUAAGAAAAGAGUUCGGCAGCUGCGAGAAGAUUUCGACUGUGGCCGAGAGUCGAAAAUUGGCCCUGACCAAUGCCCGCACGAUGUGGCUGCUCUGCUGAAGGAAUACUUCCGGGAUUUACCAGAUCCUCUUUUGUGCAGAGAUCUCUACCAAGCUUUCGUUCACACACAGAAGAUAAGAAACAGACGACUGCAGCAGGAAGCUCUGCAGCAUUUGAUUCAACUGUUGCCGGCGCCAAAUCGUGACACUCUGUGGGCUUUGCUCAAUUUCUUAGGUGAAGUUGCUGGGAACAGCGAGGACCACAAAAGUGAGGCCGGUGAAUGGAUCGCCGGUAACAAGAUGGAUGCAACCAACUUGGCUACCGUAUUUGCGCCAAACAUCCUGCACUGCGUUAAGCCGGGGCAGACACGACCGGAAAUCUCGGCGGAAAGGGCUGAAGAACGAAUCGAUGUGAUAAACGUUGUCCGCGCUCUGCUCGAACAUAGUUCAGUUUUGUUCACCGUACCCGCAGCGCUUCUCGACGAACUAUAUCUCCACAUGAUGGACACGCAUCCCGCCGACCUGGACGCCGCUUUGACCCGCCGUGCAGACGAGCAAUGCGGGGACGAUGGUGAUCCUUGCAGCGAGACGGAGACGUUCUCCGAGGAAGCCGUAGCGCCACGCAAGGUCUGGACGCGGGAACAGUGUCUUCAUCAGACAGCCGGCGUCGGGGGCGACAUCGGGCCAAGGCCGAGGCGGUCGAAACGUCCCGGUUUUCGACGAAAGGACGGGAGCACCCGCAGCAACAGUGUCGACAGCGGUUCGAGCGAGGAUCCAACCGAUCCUAGGCGAAAAUCGUCACCCAUGGUCAUCACGGCCAGCCUGACGAUACCCAUGUCCGGGUUCACCCUGAACCUCGACGAUCCCGACAUACCUUACAUCGAGGAAGGACCGAAACAACCCUGCGCACCCCCGCGGCGGCAAAGACAACGAUCGAUAUCCGGCUGCAGCGAAGGUGGCGGUAGACACGGGAGCGACAGCGCGGUGGGAUCUUCGACUACCCUGUCGGGCGAUCAACCCCCAAGCUCGCCACCCUCGUGGGCAUCCAGCCCACCGGCGAGUCCCGAUAGCGCGGUCACUGCAGUUUCCUACAUCCCUGAUCAUCACGCUGUACUGCAAAGGGUGUCCUUUACUACCUCGAGCGAAGUUCGCCAAAUAUCGAGGUCAACCAGUCAGAACAGUCAGACCGCCGUGUCAACGGCUGCAUCCUUGGAAACCCCGAAGAGCUCGGUUGGGUCUUACACGCCAAGCAUCACUAGUAUCGGCGGUGCAGUAUUAAGGUCGAAGACCGCGGAUAUCGAGAGAAUGCUGCACAUCACCAAACCGGAAACUAGUAAUUCACCGGCGAGCCCGUCACCGAAGCAGCAACAGUCAAAUAUCAAUUCAUCGUCGAACGAAAAUAAGAAAUACACAAAGAGACGUUACACCGACUCGCGGCACCAAACAAGGCACAUACCUGACGCUGAAACCCUCGCGGGCAAGUCACCGCCGACGGCGACGACGACGACGACAACGACGACGACGAUGUCGACGUCAAUGACGCCGACGCCUUCCACGCAAAAUACCAGGGUGAUUCCAGCACCUGUGUGGAAACGUCGAGAGCUGAUAUCCAGCGCUCCCAAAGACCGAGAGACUUAUUUUUGAUAAUAAGUCCGAUUUCCAGGGCAUAGGUAUAUAAUACUACCGCAUUUACGGGUAGGAUGCAUGUGGAUAAGCAUCCGCAGCCACCCCGUACACUCGCAGCACCAACUCAUGGCUCCAGAUUUUUCGCAUACCAUUAUGAAAUAUUCUGGUUCUGGAUUAGAUACAUUUCCAAUGCACGUCGUCCUGAUAACGCCCGUAGCUUUGCCCAUAUCGUGCAAUACAGGCUCCGUGUAUAUCCUAUUCAUGAUACCCACGGUAAUGUUAAUAUGUACCAUAGACUUGAAAGAAUUACUUAAAAAUCUUGUCCAAAAGAACUUUCUACACCCACCUGACGCUGUGUUUGCGCGUGGAAAUACGUAUUACACGAUUAUCAUAUGGGUACAUGUGUAUCGUGUGAACGUGAUUACGAAAUGUACAGAUGGAUUCUAGUGUACCGCUUGAGAAUAUUUUUUAAGUAACGAUCGAUCAAGGUGUGCGGUGAUCAAGCAUCACGAAUCUUCGACGCUUAAGCACGGGAAAAAGGAAUUGCCAAAGAAACUCAAAUUGUAGUAUAAUUGACUUCAAUUACAGGUAACUAUUUCGACGGAUGCGGUAAUUGUACGUUAUUGUUGUUGCUGAAAAAUUGUUGCUAAUCAUCCAAUUUUAUGAGAAAUUGUAGGGACGAGGGAAUGAUUCGAUUGUUUUAGAUACGAGUUCACGUAAAAACCGAAAGACUCGGAACAUUUUUUGUGUACUUGUAAUAUUGUAGUAUUGUGAUGCAGUCAAUUCUAUCACAUUAUUUCGGCAAUGUUGUGUUGUUACCUUGACGUACAAAUCGUGUUUAUGCUGUUGCAAGUAUUACUUUACAUCACUGGAGUACGUUCCGCACAUGCUGUCUUCUAUAUAACAAUAUAACUGCUGCACCACAGCCAAAAAGUAACUGCAAAUAGAGAAUUAGAAUGAAAACAGAAAUGAGCCAUAUCAUUAAUUCAUUGGUCUACUUGAUCUGUGAAAAAACUAAAUAAUGAAGGUGAUGUAAUAUCAACUAGAGAUCAAGGCUAUUUCUACUACAUCUGUUCGACAAUUAUAAAGUGUCUUCCAAAAAUUGGAUUAUCGCCAGUUGUUGAUGUUACAGGACAAUUGAAUGGUAAAACUUGUAGCAUUGCAGUUGUAAUCUUAAAACGGACUAAUGUAACAGCGGUAUCGUAAAAACUAUUGCUGUUGUCCCGACAUGCUGUAGUGAAUCGAACAAUCGAAGUUACCAGCUAAACUGUAGUUUCGUAACUAAAAUAUUCGCACAAACAGAUCAGUAUCGUUGACAUGACGAUAGCGUGACUGCAAUAGUUUUUUCUAUUUUUUCACGAUACUGAUAUUUUCAAUUUCAGCAACAUUUUUUUUUUGUGUGUAUUUACGCUCUCCCUCUCACCCAGCAGACCUUUACUCUUUCCUCUUUCGCGUCGAAAGAGCUGGACUUCAAGUUCGAACCUUAACCAUAAGUUAUAUACCUAUUUCGUAAUGAACAACCGUCCCACGCCUCGGGUUGCGUGAAUUCCCGAGUAUUAUCUCAGCCCAUUAUAUGCGCGUAUCAUCAUGGAAUCUCAAAGAUUAAAGCAUCCGAGCUAUCCAACGAUUCGACAUACACUGUGAACCGUGAAUAUCACGUUGGCUGAUUAAUGCUCCAGCGAUAUUUUACAGUACAACGCAAUUGGAGUGAAUUGAUCAACACGUCCAGAUUUAAGUGUAUAAUAAAUACUUUCCUACAUAGUUACCUGCGAUCCUUGGCUCGGUAGUUCUUGUAACGCGGAACUGACGAAAAGUCACGGGACAUCAACCGGUGAUAAGAAUGGUUCUAUUGUACAUGCGAGCUAGGAUGCCAUGAAACGGUCAAUUUCAACAUAACGAGAGUCAGAUUUAAUCGUAUCCAGUUAUCUCCUGGUGAGAAUAAUUACCUGUACUACUAUACCGUGACGUUACGCAAGUCAAUAGUUUCGUCGUCAAGUUUUUAACUUGUAAACUGAUAUACAAUUAAAUAUUAAUUUUUUUUACAAA